CGGAGAUCAGAAGUAUAAGGUGGUUUUCAUUGGUGAAGCGUCUUCAUUAGUCAAAGGGCGUGGGCGGGACUCUAGCUCUCUGCAGCGAGUCAAAGUGAAAGCAAUAAAGGGAAGCAGGAGCUGCACUUUGCCGACGAGCAUUUCUGCCGUCCUGCUUCACCACAGUCAUCACUGCCCCCUCUGAUCAGCGAAAACACACAGGGACUCCUGCAAAACGGCAGAGUUCAUCAAUGUAACUCGGGUCAGUCAUAAACUGCGCUGUUCAGCUGGAUAAGUCCAAUCUUGGCAGAAAGAAAAAAGAGAGUGGAGCGGCGGCGUAAAAUUGUGCAGCAAAAGAGAAGAAUAUGAUUCUCAAACAGCACUUGAUCUUCAUCCUCUACAGCCUCAGUGCGAACGUCUUUAAAGUGGCUGGGACAAAAAGCAAAGCGAAAGGUAGCCAGGGUCAGUUCCCCAUCACUCAGAAUGUGACGGUGGUGGAGGGGGGCACAGCCAACAUGACCUGUCGUGUGGAUCAUAAUGAUAACACUUCCCUCCAGUGGUCAAACCCUGCACAACAAACUCUGUUUUUUGGGGACAAGAAAGCUCUGAGGGAUCACAGAAUUGAGCUUGUAAGAGCCACGUCACAGGAGCUCACCAUCAGAAUCAAUGACGUCAGCCUGUCAGACGAGGGCCAGUAUACAUGCUCACUCUUCACCAUGCCUGUCAAGACAACUAAGGCCUUCCUCACUGUUUUAGGAGUGCCAAGUCGGCCAGAAAUCACAGGAUUUACCAAGCCAGCCAUGGAGGGAGACGAAAUCACCCUGACAUGCAUCACAUCAGGCAGCAAACCUGCUGCCAACAUUCGGUGGUUCCGAAAUGACAAGGAGGUCCAAGGCUCUACAGAGAUCAACGCUACAGGAAAGUCAUUUACAGUAAGGAGUAGUCUCUUGUUCCAAGUGGAUAAACGGGAUGAUGGCGUUGCUUACACCUGUAGUGUGGAACAUGUAUCUCUGUACAAACCCUACAUGACAACUGAGGUCCUGGAGGUCCACUAUGCUCCCCAACUUGAAAUUACACAUUCACUGAUAAUUCCACAAGAAGGACAAUACUUCAAACUGGAGUGUGUUUCCAUGGGCAACCCAAUACCUGAACCAGUGCUGUGGUCUAAAGAUGGAGGAGAGCUGCCAGACAUUGAGCGUAUGAUUGUGGAGGGUAGAGAGCUAACCAUCACGACACUAAACAAAACAGACAAUGGCACUUAUCGUUGUGAGGCCAGCAACCAUGUGGGGACCAGCUUUGCUGAGUAUAUUCUGUUUGUAUAUGCCAAAGAUUUUCCAGGGCCUACAACAGAUCCUAAUGCUUUAGGACAACGUGGGCCUGACCAUGCUUUAAUCGGCGGUGUUGUUGCAGUCGUGGUCUUCAUCACCUUGUGUUUGAUAAUAGUUCUUGGUAGAUAUCUGGCUAGACAUAAAGGAACAUAUCUAACACAUGAGGCCAAAGGAGCAGAGGAUGCCCCCGAUGCUGACACGGCUAUUAUCAAUGCUGAGGGAAAUCAUGUGCAUGCAGAGGAAAAGAAGGAGUACUUCAUUUAGACCUCUUGCUCCUUUCUCCUUUGUUUCAACGUUCAACAAGAGACAUGCAAUUUCGAGCUGCCUCAGUGUCACAACAUGAUCUGGGUUUACUCCUCACUUUUCUUUUCCAGAAAACUCAUGCUUGGUUUAACAUGACUUUAAAACAGCUUUCUCCUUUUGUAAUCAAUACAAACUAAAAGUUGGAUUGGAUUUUAGUUUUCUGUUGCCUAAAUGAGACGUUUUUCUGCAUUUCUUGCCUUGACUACGUGAACAAUUUUCUUUAUUUUCUAACAUAACUAAUACACUUUUUAAACACAGAAGGGACAAAAGAUGUGCUCAAUUUUAAGACAGUCAAGGUUGAGCUUUUCAAAUUGUUUUACUUUGAGAAGAGAAUAGAUGACAUGCAUCAGUUUAUCAAACAUUUACAUAAGACAUUUCCUUCUGAAUUAAGCAGUUGUCUUGGAUGUCACCCGGAUGUUAUCCUACCACAGCCAUAAUGUGUAACAUAACAUGACAGACACUUUAAUAUGACAAACUGUAGAAGCACAAUCUACACAAUUGUCCUAAAAUGAAACCAUCUCCUUCUUAACAAGGGUGUAUAAUCUUACACUUAUAUGUUUUCAGUUGUCUCGUAUCCUGUUAUUUUAUACUAUGAAAGUAAGAAAUUUAAAGCACAAAGUCUGAGGACUAAAAAAGAAGGAAAAAUACGUGAACUGUAUCUUGUCUCAGGAUUCAAAACGAGUCUAGAUGGAGAGAUGGAGUCCGACGUGAAAUAAAGAUUUUGGUCAUCGUAAUGGAUCAGGAAUAUUUGUUUUUUUGGUUGGCUAUUUAAUGUAAAAUCCAAACUGAAUGAGUGGAACUUUGGAGGUUUUAUUAUUUAUGUUGAAUUUUAUUGAACAAUAACUAUGCUUAAUGUGUGGAUAUUGCUGUACAAUACUUUGCUAACGUGAAUAUUUGUGAAAAAUAUUGUUGAAUCUUGGGAUCCCUGGCACAUUACGUUUUGUAUAUUAGCAUCUGUUGAUUUUUUUCUCCAUUUAUCUAACCAGAGUUUGUUUUGCCACAAGGCAUGUACAGUGCUGUGAAAGAGUAACUGCCCCCUGAUCGAUUUCUUCUGUUUUUGCUUUUUUCUCAUGACAAAUGUUUCAGAUCAGAGAGGUUUUAACUUUAGACAAAGAUAACCUGAAAAAUGAGUUUUUAGUUUUUAGACUCUACCCAAACCAACCUGGUCCUAUUUAAAAAAAAAGUAACACCCCGCCUACUUUCCCCUUAUUAAGUCACAACGCAAUUUUUUUGUUCAGUUUCACUUGCCAUACCCAGCUCUGAUUACAGUCAGACACAUAGAAUCAAUAAAUCACUUAAAUAAAACCUGUGUGACAGCACGAAGUAGGCUAAAACAUCUCACAAAGUCACACAUUAUGCCCCAGUUCACUGAUGAUGAUUAAGGUGAUUGACAUCUAUCAGUCUGCAGAUGGUUACAAAGCCAUUUCUAAGGCCUUCUGACUCUGGUGAACCAUAGUCAUACCUGUUAUCCAAAAAUGGAGAAAACAUUGACCACUGGUAAACCUGUACAGGAGUGGCCAGUCUACCAAAAUUACUCUAAAAGCACAUCUACAGCUAAUACAGGAAGUCACAGAAGAACAUCAAAAGUACUGCAGGCUACGCUUGUAUUUGAAAAUACAAGGUAUUUUUGUAUAAUUCAACAGUAAGAAAUGGCAUCCAUAGAAGAGUUCCAGAAAACCAGUGCUGACAAAAAUAGCACAAAGGACUAUUUCACAUUUCCCAAAAAACAUCCUGGUUAUCCCAGCAACAUUUUUGAAUUUUUUCUGUGGAUUAAGAAUAGUGGAGCUUUUUGCAAAGUGUACAUCCUGUUAUAUCUGACGUAAAACCAAUAAAACAUUUCAAACAAAGAACAUCUCACCCACAGUCAAACAUGGUGAUGCUGGUGUGGUUGUGUGGGUUUGCUUUGCUGCUUUCAGAGCAGGAAAAUUUGCUCUGAUUGAAGGAACCAUGAGAAUCCGUAUGGAAAAUAUCCAGACAUCAGUCAGUGACCUUAAGCUUAAGCUCACUCGGGUUAUGCAGCAAGACAAUGAUUUGAAGCAUGAAAGCAAGUACACCUUAUAAUGGCUCAAAAGACACCUUUUGAAGUGGUCUAGUCAAAGUCUGGAUUUAAAUCAAAUUGAGAUGCUUUGACAAGCUGUUCAUGUUUAUAAACCCUCCAGUUGCAAGCAAAAUGUUUCUCCACAGCGAUGUUAAAGACUCAUUGCCAGAUAACACAAAUGCUUGAUGAUAAUCAUUGUUGACAAAGCAACCAGUUAUUUGGUUUAGUGGGUAAAUAUUUGUCACAUACAGUUGGUCUGGGUAGCUUUCUCCUUUAAUAAAUGAAUUUAUCAUUUAAAAAGAGCAGUUUGUAUUUACUCAGCUUGUCUUUUAAACGUUUGAUGAUCUGAAACAUUUCAAUGUGUCAACAAAGCAAAAACAGACUACACAUGAAAAGGUGCAAGUACAGCACAUCAGAUAUUUUCAGUAAACGGAAGAGGAAUACAUUCCAUUCCUGUCACUUUGACUGUUUUCACACUGUCUUCAAACAGGGAUUCUGAUGAAUUGCUUAAAAUUGAAAAAAAGACUAUGUAUUUAUUAUUAUGACUUAUUCAGAUUUAUUAUAUGAUACUAUAUUAAUUAGUGUUAUUGUUGUUAACACUGAAGUAGUUGUCUGACAUUACCUUUUCCAUUUUCUAAUUGUGUGAUUUAUCUUCAAGAACAGUACAAGGAUCACCGUUAUGGCCUUUGAGUUUGCUGCAAACAGUACAUGACCUGACAUGACAUGUUGAGGCAUUGGUGAAUCAAACAUCCUCUAAUUGUAUAUAGUCAUUGUAUCAAAGAAAUUGAACCACAUUGCCAAUGCUCAUACAUGAUAUUUUAUUGGUUCCAUAUGAUGCUAUAAAUAGUCAUUUUGUACAAAGAUUGAAUUGCUGUAAUUAAUUUGCUUUUUAUGGAGGGUGUCUGAGGUUUGCUUUAUUUCUCAGUAUUGACUAUUCAUUUUUCAACUAUGCCACUGUAAAAAAAUAAAGAAAAACAAACAAAAAAGAGGGACAAAGUGCGAAUUAAAAAAAUGAACAACUUGAAAA